CUAGAUUCAAGAUGUCGGCUAUUUUUCRCUCAGCAGUUCUCGUCCGAAAAACCCUCCAGUUUGCUCCUUCUGCAGCCUGUAUCCGUGCUCCUACCUUAUGGAGGAAUGGCCAGGUAUUAGCUAGAGCUGCUUCAGGGAGAAAAGUGUUGGACGAGAUUGAUAAAAAGAGCAAAGAAGCUGAUCUUGGAGGAGGACAAAAAAGGAUUGAAAAACAACAUGAAAAGGGGAAACUCACUGCUCGUGAGAGGCUUCACCUCCUUCUUGAUCCAGACUCAUUUGUUGAGUAUGACAAAUACAUGGAGCAUAACUGCACUGAGUUUGGUAUGCAGAAUAACAAGUUCACAGGAGACAGUGUAGUUACAGGCCAUGGAACAAUCAAUGGCAGGCUAUGCUUUGUGUUCAGUCAAGAUUUUACUGUCUUUGGAGGAAGUUUGUCCAGUGCUCAUGCUCGUAAGAUUUGUAAGAUUAUGGACAAAGCCAUGUUGGUGGGUGCUCCUGUGAUAGGGCUCAAUGAUUCAGGUGGUGCUCGUAUCCAGGAAGGAGUAGAGUCUCUUGCAGGUUAUGCUGAUAUCUUCCAGAGGAAUGUAGAAUCAUCAGGUGUGAUACCCCAGAUCUCUCUCAUCAUGGGUCCAUGUGCUGGUGGAGCUGUUUACUCUCCUGCCAUCACUGACUUUACUUUUAUGGUCAAGGAAACUUCUUAUCUUUUUAUCACUGGACCAGAUGUAGUAAAGGCUGUGAAUAAAGAAGAGGUGACACAAGAAGACCUUGGCGGACCCAAAACACACACAUCAAUCUCAGGUGUGGCUUCAGGAGCCUUCGAUAAUGACAUUGAAGCUCUUGCUGGAAUCAGAGAAUUUGUGGAUUUUCUACCCUUGAGUAAUAAAUCCCAGUCACCAAAGAGAGAAAAUGAUGAUCCUUGUGAUCGUGUGAUUCCCAACUUGGAUUCACUGGUUCCAUUUGAUUCCACAAAGCCAUAUGACAUCUUGGAUGUUAUUUACCCAGUGUUGGAUGAUGGAGAUUUCUUUGAACUGCAACCUGACUAUGCCAAGAAUAUUGUAAUUGGUUUUGGCCGAAUGAAUGGAAGAUCUGUCGGCAUUGUUGGCAAUCAACCAACGGAAUCUGCAGGGUGUCUUGAUAUCAAUGCGUCAGUCAAGGGAGCACGUUUUGUGCGAUUCUGUGAUGCUUUUAAUAUCCCAAUCAUCACCUUCGUGGAUGUACCAGGAUUCCUGCCAGUUGCUGCUGUCGUCGCUGGAGCUGUUUCCAUCAUAUUCCGUGGAAAACAAGACAUAAAGAAAUACGAGGACGAGUAUGUCGAUCGUUUUGCAAAUCCAUUUCCUGCUGCAACUAGAGGUUUCGUUGAUGACAUCAUUGUGCCGCGCAUGACACGAAAGAGGAUUUGCGCUGACCUCGAGGUGCUGGCCACAAAAGAACGAAAGAAUCCUUGGAAGAAACAUGGCAACAUUCCUCUCUAGGCACACUAGGUAACAUUAUUGAUACUCUUGGUACAUUCCCGUGUGAUAAACUGACAAAUUCUUAAAAUAUUAGGUGCAUCUACUGAAGGUAUAUAAUACUAAAUAUCGUGUCUAAAUUAUUAAAAUCAAUACAAAGAAAGAACGCAAAGCAUUGCAAGAUAAAAUAGACGUUUUUAUUUUUCCACUACAAAUAAUCUAAAGCUGUUAGAACGGACAGCGGAAACACGAUAAAUCUCCAGUCAAAUGAAACAUACCAGCGGAUCACCUGACUCUUUUCCCGCUACUCCAGAUCACGUGACACUUCCUCCAACUCAGAUCACGUGACAUUUUCCCGCCUACUUUGAUCACGUGGCCCUUUUCCGCCAUCUCGUGACUGGCUUAUCUUCAAACGUUUCUAAUAUCUAAACAAAACUAAAAUAGCGUUCAAUAUUUCAUAUUUUAAAUAUCCAAAAGAGGGAAAGAGUAUGUAAGUUAACAAAGUGUGUUUCUAAGAUAAUAAAAGUUAACGAAAUGUGUUUGUAAAAUAAUAAAAGAUAAUCGGUGAUUAAGGAAGUUCUUGAUAGUUUUUACAGUGAAAUAUCGCUUGUGUUUCUAAGAAUUUUCUCGGCAGCGCCAUAAAUCAACUUACUAAAAAUUUUCGCAUUACUAUUAACCUCGAUGAAGUGCUUUUUUUGCCACUUGUUUGACUGUGUUUUUUAUUUUCCUUGAUCUUGGGAAAGUAGGAAUAUGUGUAGGGUCUUGUUAUAUCCAGACCUGAAACAAAGGAACCUUAGUUUAGGAACAUCGCUAUGAACUCGCUGUAGACGGCGAAAAAAAUUUGAAAUAAACUUGCCAUUCUUAAAAUAUA